AUGGGUUCCGGUGCCUCGACCUCUGCAGCCAUGGAUAUCACCUCUGCUGUGCAUCAGUUGGUCCAGGGUUUCCGGCAGCAUGGCCCCACCGAGGCACUUCUGCCGCUGAUCCACCGCGCUUUCGUGGCGCUGAAACUGAAGGCCGCGGAUCGCAGCUAUCGCUACAACUUCACCGAGAAUUACAUGAUUCUGCUGGGGCAGAGCCGGAGCUAUCAACCACAGGUUCUGGAUGCCGCCUUAGUGCAAAGCCCAGAUUUGUGGGUCAAUGGAAGCUUGUAUCACAUCUCACCUGCCGCGUUGCAGAAGGGCCGCAUGUUGAAACGAUGCUUUCUGCAGAUUUGCGAUCUCCUGAAUUUGGAGUCUGAAGAUGACAUCGGAGUGUUACUGUGUAGCCGCUUGGCUCGUGCAUUGUCGGUCUUCGACAGCCAAUGGGUGCAAUUUGAGGACCUCUACAUCAAGGAUCUCAUUCGCAUUGAGACUCGUGCACGCGUCCCCUUGGAAAAGGCCGUUGAGAUGGAGAUCGUGCUCUUGAACUUUGAGCAUGCCAAGCCCAAAGAAUCCUUAAACUCCUUAAAGCGUCCAGUUGCUGAGCAGUCAGUGCACCACCUGCCGGUGCCCAGGCGAAGACACACCGCCUCUGAUGCCAGUGGAAGAGUCGCUGCAGCGACUGCAGCGACUGCAGGGACCGCCUCCUCCCAUGGGACGCAGUUGUCGCUGCCAAGGCAUUCCCGCCAUGUGCCCGGAAGCAGCUCCAGUCCACCGUCCAAUCUCCAUAGCCGCGAGGAGUCCAUCGUUUUCCCCGAGAUGGGUGGCAGUGAAUGUCCCCGAUCUCGGCAGCACACCUUGUCUGGCGAGCUGCCAUCCAUGGCCAUGGCCUCCCAGACUGUGUUGCCUGAGCCUCAGGAGGCAACUCGCAAGAUAUGCGAGCUGAAACACCUAGCGCAGUCUGCAGUGGCACGUGGAAGCACCAGGAGGAAUUUGUUGGAGGAACUGGUCGCUCGCGUCAAUGACCUCAACGCCUGUGCUAAUGCACGUGGCAAGGGCCGCAGUGACAUGACGGUAGAGGUCUUGGAGGCAGCCGCCAAAGUCUUCCUAGCACAGGACUCUAUUUCAACCCCUGCUGCAUUGGCCCACGCUGCGUUAGCUCGCAGUGUUUUGGAGGGUUUCCUUCAGGUUCGCCGCUACCUCUCAGCUGUCUGUGAUCGACUUCUGUGGAUCGACCCACAGCUCUGCAUGAACGCAGAGCUGGAGAACGCCCUGGUUGCUUGGGAAGAUGCCUGGGAAUUGGCUUCGUCAUUUCUCCUGAAGAUGGACUUAUGCGAUGCCAUUUGUGGCGUGGCCGUCCAUGCUGCACGAGCCUGUGAGCUCGAGCCGAGCUUUGCCAACAUGAUAGACAAUCAGGAUGCCGAGCUAUUCCUCAUUUUGCCCAGGCUCGUGCUGCUAAGCGGCCUUCAAAGUGCCCCCAACAUGGCCUUGGCACAGUCUCUGAUGCCUGACUUGGAGGUUGCAACGAAAGACUCGCAGAUUGAGACAGAUGCAGCGGGCGUGGAGCAUGGAAGCUCAUCCAAGAGGAGUGCCGUGGACCGGUGCCUGGCUGAUCUCUUGGUGGACGUGGAUUGGGACGUCCUGACGCGGCAAGUCAUCAAAGGCGCUCUCUCCGGUUGUGGGUUUGAUGUAGAAAAUGGGGAAAAUGGGGAAAAUGAUGAGGAAAACAUAGGAAAACUAGAACUAUGCCACUAUGCUGUACAAACAUGA